AUGAGUUAUUCCAACACAUUUCAAGACUACUUGAGAGAUAUUCCUAUGGAAAUCGGUAGGAAAUUCUAUCCACCACCAAUCGUAAAUUUACCGAUACUGGUCCUACCGGAGCCGAUAGAAGACGUAGCGUAUCAUUUCGAUGUUGAGAGGAAAGCUCGCCAGCAGUAUGAUGAAUUCAACACCAGGCCAGAACCCUCCACUGAGCAAAGAAACGUUGCCAACGGAGUUACUUCAGCCGACUCGUGUGCCACGUCGGCCACUUCAAGUCUUAAUGAUGUUCUUUUGCCAUGUGCUGCUCCCCCAGCAAGAGUAGCCCCGUCUCGUCCACUAGCGCCUGCCCUGAAAUCUGUAAGUUUUGAGGAGUUCGAGGCACGGGGAACGGUAUUUGAUGAACUGGAAUGGAGGGCAAUCGAUGACAAAUUAGCGCUGAGUCAGAUCCUCGGAAAUAUGCGAGUGGAAUCGGCCUCCGAAUCUCGUAUUCUCGAAAAGUCAGUGAUUAAUGACGAAAACAGUGUGCAGAAACCCCUCGAAUCACUUGCAAAUGACAGUAAACCUUUAACGGUUUCUGCGAUACCUCCUUAUCCCGUUCUUGAGUUUGGGAGUUCGUCGAAAUCUGACGAACAGAUGGUAGUAUUAAACUCGGCGGGUAAAUUGGGUACUGCUUCGUUCAGUAAAUUGCCUAGUCCAGAUUCGAGGUUUAGCGAUUCUCAUGUUCUAAAGUAUCUCUCAGUGCCUGUGAAAGAAGCUGUUCCUUCAGUAUCUUCGUAUGAGACGCCAUUACGAACUCGUUUACUAACUAAGGGAUAUCGAGAAAAUCUUGUUAAUGUGGCUUUGGGAAAGUUACCUAGAGAAAGACUACCUCAUGUGAGUUUAAAGAGCGGUUAA